UGAGCAAUAUUGAACUUUCAAGCAGAGAAACUUCCAGAAAAUGCUUUCAGCGACCACGGUUAUGAUGUGGAUGCUCAUUGUAACGUGGCCAUGUGGGACCAUCCUGAACUCAUCCAUUAUAGCUGUCUAUCUCAGCGACUGGAAGAAGGGAGUGAAACUUGGGGAGUGUGAUCAGAUCAGUCUCAGUAUGGGGUGCAACAACCUGCUCUUUCAGUGCUUCCUAACAUUUGGAUGGGCCUUUAUCUCAUAUGGACAGCACCUGUCUUUUGCCUUUAAAGUCAAUUAUGUUGUUGGAACUUUGAUUUGGUUUUCUGUUUAUCUCUCAUUUUGGCUCACUGCCUGUCUCUCUCUCUGCUACUGCCUGAGACUGGUCAAUUUCUCCCAUAAAUUCUUCAUUCUGUUAAAAAGGAGACUGUCUCGCACUGUUACCCCACACCUUCUGUGCUCAGUGGCAAUUUCAUUCAUUAUUGCACCUCCAACUAUCUGGAUAUUUUACAGAGAAGCUAACCAAAACAUAACUUUAAUUUAUAAUAUGUCUAAUGCUGGUUUAAAUUCCAUCAUCCCUGCUGUUACAGUUGGUACCUGCCUGCCCUCCCUCAUUACUUCUAUCUGUAUUUUACUUUCUGUCAUAUCGCUGCUGAAACACAUCUGGAGAAUGAAGCAGAAUGCUCAGUUUGGGAAUCCUCAGCUGAAGAACCUUAUAAGAGCUUGUAGGAGUAUGAUAUUACUCAUGACUCUGAAUUUUAUUUUCUUUCUGAUAAAUUUCAGUUUAACAACACCACCAAAUAACAUGGAAACUAUAUGGUUCAUGGUGCUCUUCUUGGGGGAACUGUUAAACCCAUCUGGGCAAGCUAUCGUUCUGAUCUUUGGGAAUUCCAAGUUACUCAGUGCCUGGACAAAGAACUUGUCUCGUCAGUGAUAGUAUCAUGAACGAGAAGACAUCUGUGUUACUGUUCUGUUGGUUAUGUUUAAAAGGGAAAGGUACUAGAAGUAAA